AUGCCAUUCCCCGUGUUCCCCCCUCCAGAAAAAGCACGGAGAACUACCAAUGCUCCCGACCCCUACUUGUUCGUGGACCACCUAGGAGAUGCCCUCCCUAUAUUCUUACACAAGGAUGUUCCAACCCGCGAUUCGUUUGCCCAAGUCGUCACUCAAAACGGCGGCGAACUUACGACGACCAUGCGCCAUGCGGUCUACCUGAUCGUCGACCCACUCUCGUCGGACGGACAAGACACCAUCGACGGCUACGGGGACCGCCCUGACAAACGGGUCCUUAGACCCGAGUGGCUAGGAAUGUGUGUGACUGCUGGGAAACUAGUGAUUGCAGGCGACUGGGGAGGGUGCAGGCUUGGACGAACUCCUCAACCACGUAAACGCGCAGCAGACGAACAAGACCCGACUGCUAGCGCCAACAAGCAGCCCCGAACUGAUAUUCCUCCCCAACCAUUACCACAACCCCAGCCUCAGCCGCAACCCCAACCACAGCCUUCGUUUGCCUACCCUGCGUAUCCAAUGGUGCCUGGGUAUUAUCCUCCACAAUACCCAUAUUACGAUCCGAAUCCGCAAUCUACUCAGACUCCGCAGUCAACGACCCCAAUCAAGAAGCGGAAUCCCCGGCCUCCGAGACAACCAAACCGCCCAUGGACACUCGAGGAAAACAUCGCAUUGUAUGAUUUUAUGAGCCAACAUUCGGCUCCUACCGAGCGAGAACAGGCAACGCUCGUCCGACGUUGGGCAAAAGAGACUAGGCCAGACCGAGGAAGGCAGAGCUGGGUCGCUCAUGCGUUCGCUACCUCGUUUAAGAAUUGGGUCAAGGAAUACGAAGCAGGCAAUAUUAAUGCGAAUCCUGCCGAUUUUGGUGCUGGGCCGGACCCGGAUGGAGAGGCCGAAGCUGACCCGGACCACCAACCUGCCAGCCCAGAAUUCUCACCAGCGACGGCGGGAGAGUUCUCUCAACCUACAACUGGGACGGACCAAUCACCCGCUCAGCAAUAUACAUUCGGAACAUCCGCAGCUAGCACCGGAGCAUUUUCUAGUGCUCCUGUGCAGUAUACCAGUCCCUCAAGCCACUCGUAUUCUUCGACUCCGAACCAAUCAUAUACUUCGCCCACCCAUGCUCAGUUUACGACUGAAGGGCAAGGUUCGAAUCCCCAAGGAUUUACAGGGUUUACUGAGUCGCAGCAGCAGCAGCUAGCUACCAAUCAACCUCAACCCGCCCCACAAAUAUCUAGUCCACGACCCGAGGAUCAACCAAAAGCCACAGUAGCGAGCCCUUCAAAUGCGGCCGGGUUUCCUCCUUUGUACCCGAUGGUGUAUCCUCCGACCAGUACAGGGAAUGUAGAGGAAGGGAAAGAAGCGGGACAGCUGGUUGGUAGUGGGGGGUCAAUAAAUUAA